AUGGGGAACGAGCACUCGCAGCUGACGCAGUAUGACAUCGAAGACGUGCAGCAGCACGUGGGCGGCCGAUUCUCGCAGGAGGAGAUAGCUUCCCUGUACCGGCGGUUCUGUGCGUUGGACCGCAACGGCAAGGGGUACGUGAGCGGCGACGAGUUCCUCUCCAUCCCCGAAUUCGCCAUCAACCCGCUAGCGCAUCGGCUGCUGGGCAUGCUAGAGGGAGUGAACUUCAAGGACUUUGUCAAGUGGCUCGCUGCCUUCAGCUCCCGCGCCACUGCUGAGGACCGCACUCGAUUGGUGUUUGCCGUGUAUGACGUGGACGGCGACGGGAAGAUAUCCAAGGGCGAUCUGCUCGCCAUGCUGCGCGACCUGUCAGGGGCGUUCCUGUCCGAUGAGCAACGAGAGGAGGUGGUGGUGCAGGCGAUGCAGCAGGCGGGGUUCACCAGCGACUCACUCCUCUCCUUCAACGAUGUCUACAAGGUCGUAGGCAAGCAAUUGCGGUUGCAACUUGACAUUCCUGUCGAUGAUUAG